UCCGAAUUCCCAGUGGACUCUUCCCCACCCCAACCCCUUGCCUUUCCCCCUCUCCUACCACAUGACACACAGACAGCAGAUCCUGUUCUCCCACGAGAGGCCACUUUGUCUCCGGAUACCAUUUUCUCUCUUGACCCCACCCUUUCCCAAGAUAUCAACCCCUUAUCAGAUGUGUCCCAGGCAGUGAAUCACCCCGAUUCUUUUGCUUGUCAUCAUGCACCACCAACUCUGUCUGUUUCACCACAGCCAGACUGCAGUUUAUCUGUCACUCAAUCUAAAUCAAUUGCCAUCUUAUCGAAGCCUGUUCCCGAGAACUCACUUCCAGAAAGCUCUGGUGUGUUGUCCACUUAUGUCCCAACACUCAGAGGCACUGAUCAUUCAAGCUUGUCAAUUUCAGACUUCUCCUCGCGGCAAGCUCCUGCCAAAGACUUGUUCCCUUCCACGUUGGCACAAUGUGAUUUCAAUCAAGAGUUUCUUGCCCUCCAUUCUUCAGAAGCCUCUUUUGGGGGAGACCCUGCAGCCAACCUUGUAGAGCCUGGUAACCUCUCAUUUCUCAGCCCUGAUGCCCUGGCACUCCUGGAGAGACAAGUCCAAAAGAGGAGCGAUUUCCUGAUGUGGAAGGAAAAGGAAAAUAAAAAAGCUUCUUUUCCAGAACAACUGAGGCCAGACUACCAACUAAAUUCUUCAUGGACAACGUUAGAGUCAGUUGCUGAUAAGCAUGACUCGGCAGUCUGCCUUCCCUUUUGGAGCAGCAAAGACAAACCAAAGGAGCUGCAUGUGCCUCAGCAGCCCCCAUAUCCUAAGACCCUGGAGGACCAUUUACAACAAAAACCUAUCCAGUUCUUCUGGGGUCUCCCGUCUCUGCACAGCGAGUCCUUGCCCUCUGCUGUUCAUGUCUUGGCUGACAGUUCCUCAAUCUUUAUUUUCAAUAGAAACUCGAAUGCCUCCACAGGCCAAGAAUCGCCAGUGCUUCCCGAUCCCCUACCUCUGGCCUUGCCUGAGAUUCAGCCUGAACCCUUGCCUCAAAGGCUGCCUCAAUCUCAGCCACUACCUCUCACUCAGGUCCAGUCCCAGGCCGACCCUCAAUCCCCACUCCCAGUCAUACCGUCUGAGCCUCUACCCCAGAUUAGGAUCUGUGGAGUAAGUUUCCACAGACCUCAGGAUGAGUCAGAGUCUCUCUCCUCAUCUGAAAUUCAACAGCUGGAAUGGAACAUUGUGCAGAAGCAACAGGAAAGUGUGUGGGGUUUACCCUCUGUGGUCCAAAGAUCUCGGGAAGACUUUUGUCCAUCAGCUCCUAACGUUCCUUGCCACCGGGCCCCCCAGGCCCAUGUUUCAAUCUCCAUCCUUCCUGGGGAGUUUCCUCUCAGUGAUGAACUUCGGAAGAAACUAGAGCAUCACCUUCGAAAGAGGCUCAUCCAACGCCGGUGGGGCCUGCCCCGCAGAAUCUACGAGUCUGUGUCACUGAUGUUGCCUCCAAAUGGUUUUUCAGAGGCAUCUGAGUCGGAGAGCAAUGACGGAGUCUCACUGAUCCCUGUGUCUAAGGGUCAGAGUAGCAAACAUGUAAACGUUGGAUUGAGCCAAACGGGAAGCUUCCAUGAGAGGAGCUCAGAAAUGUUCCAGCCAGAGGAAGAUGUGGGGAAGGAUCUGGGACACAGCCUAGAGAAUGGCCCCAAAGAUCACCUGUUGAAUGACCCAAAGAGCUCUUCAGGUAAGGAUCUGGGGUAUGACUCUGAGAAAGACCUAAGCAGCAGUCAGACGGUGAGUCUCUCAGAGAAAAAUUCAAGGGUGUCAGCAGAGAGUCUAGGUCGGAGGCAACCUGAAAAUGUCCUAAAAGUACAUUUGAGCAAGAAGUUGGAGGAAAUAAAUGAGGGUCGGCUCCCUGGGACUGUGCAUAAUUCAUGGCAUGCUAUCAGGCAAACAUUGCUUCUUUCUGUGAAAUCCCACACCCAAACAAAACAGAGAAGUUUGCCAUCAUCAGUGGGUGAGGCCUACUCCCUGAAUACCUUCCAGGACCUGACUUUUGUUGAUUCCAGUGCACAACAGAUGCUGGAAGCCCAUAUUAAAAGGUUUCGUAUGAGGAUGUUGUGGACACUUCCCCGCAGGGUCCUUGAAUCCAUACGGAUCUCUAAAUUGAAAGACGCCUCAUUCCAGUCCCUGUCUCGUGCCAACUUGCCCUCCUCAACCAAUGUGAUUUCUGAGGCAGACUCCAAAUCUGGGAGCUUCAAGUCCUUUAGAGGAAGCUCUAAGUCUCUCCAUGGAGACAAAGUGGGAACAACAACAACCCCUGCCCUGGAUCGUUCUCUCCCUGCCACCUCACCUGUGGGCAAAGGAGGACAGAGGGUCCUGAGACAAUCACGCUCUGAUGUCAACCGUGGGCUGGCAGAGGAUGUUCAGAGAAUUAAGGAUGCCAGACAGACUCGUCUGCCUGUCUCACUCUGCGUCACAGGGAAAGCAGGUCCUAGACAGACUCAACUAGCCAACAGAUAUCCCCAAAAGCUGCUUGCAAAGCAAGCUGGGGCCAGAUAUGAGCCGAAGUAUAAGAGUGUGAGUUUCAGUAAUAAAGGAGAAAUGCAACAGGGCAAAAAGGUGGAGGAGUCAGAACGUGUUUCCAUGCCCAAAUUGUCUAGGGAGGUAUUCACGGCCGAGGAGCUUGAUACUCUUCAAUUAAAAACUAGUGACAUGUUGACAACUCGCAAGCCAGGGAGCUCCCAAAUGACAAAUGUGAAGGAGAAUAAAGAAGAAACUACCGUGACCACUGGAAGCCCCCCACCCAAAUUCCCAGUUCCCCAAGAUCCGAAAUCAUUAGACCUUAAAGAACAACUGUUCAGUGAGUUAAACUUUAAACUGGAGAACAGGGAGCAUAGCCAGGCUCAAGGCCAA